GAGAAUCAUGUCAUGUCUCGUGACUCCAAAACCCUCCAAACAAAAAACUAUUUCAACCAAAAUAAUUUCCAUAAAUAAAUUCACCCAACUCUUAAUUUUUUGAACCGGCGAAAAAAAAAAAUGAUUCGGUCACCUCAAGAACCGAACCGGAACGGCGGUUCAACGACUCAAUCUCAGUUUCAUUCAACUGUUUCCGUUCAAAAAAACCGGCGGUUCAAUAUAUUGAUACUCAUUUUCCGGUUCACUGCUUUUUGCUUCUCUCUUGCUUCUGCUAUUUUCAUGUUUACUAACUCUCGGUUCGGGUCUGGUUCGGAGUUGCUUAAGUGGUACCACUUUGAUGCAUUCAGAUUUGUGGCAAUUGCAGCUGGAAUUGUAGCAUUAUAUUCAUUUUUCGAAAUUGGAGCUUCAAUUUGGGAAAUUUCAAGAGGGGUCACUAUUUUUCCUGAAGUUGUUCAAGUUUGGUUUGAUUUCAGCCAUGAUCAGGUUUUUGCAUACAUGUUACUGUCGGCAAAUUCAGCGGGAACGGCGUUAGCUCGAACGUUAAGAGAGAGGGAUACGUGUACGGCUAAUAAUGCAUUCUGUAUUCAAUCAGAUAUAUCCAUCGCCUUAGGAUUUGCAGGAUUUAUGUUUUUAGGUUUUUCUUCAUUGCUUUCGGGUUUUCGGAUGGUAUGUUUCAUACUUAAUGGGUCACGUUUUCAUAUGUAAUAUGAAAUUCAUUCAUCAUAAUGUUGUACUAAACUUUACCCAUAAUGUAAAAAUCUUUGUAAUAUUCGGCUAAGCAUAUUGAAUGUUAAGAGAGGGAGACGUGUACAGCUAA